AAGGCCAAUCACAAGAAAGUCAUGGGACCAAUGAUAAGAACAGAGGAAGAAGAAGACUAUACGAGUCCACCGUGGCUAAUGCCAAUGCUACGAGGGAGUUACUUCGUCCCUUGUUCGAUCCAUGUCGAUUCAAACAAAAACGAAUGCAAUUUGUUCUGUCUUGAUUGUGCUGGAAAUGCCUUUUGCUCUUACUGUUUAGUCAAACAUAAAGACCAUCGUGUUGUUCAGAUACGAAGAUCUUCGUACCAUAACGUGGUGAGAGUGAAUGAGAUACAGAAGUUUAUAGACAUCUCUUGCGUUCAGACAUAUAUCAUCAACAGCGCAAAGAUCGUGUUCCUCAAUGAAAGACCUCAGCCUAGAAUCGGCAAAGGUGUUACAAACACUUGUGAAAUCUGUUGCAGAAGCCUCCUUGAUUCUUUCAGGUUCUGCUCUCUCGGCUGCAAGCUUGGAGGAAUGAAGAGAGGAGAUUCAUCUCUAACCUUCUCUUUGAAAGGGAAGCAUGGUAGAGAGUACCAAGGUGGGUCGGAAUCAGAUGAAGCUACUACACCAACUAAGAUGCGUAAGACCAAUGCUUUCAACCGUCUGAUGAGUGGUCUCUCGAUCUCAACCGUUAGAUUCGAUGACUACGGUCCUGGUGGUGAUCAAAGGUCUUCAAGCUCUGGUGAUGAAGGUGGUUUUAGUUUCUCUCCGGGAACACCUCCGAUCUAUAAUCACCGGAAUUCAAGCAGACGAAAGGGUGUCCCUCACCGUGCUCCGUUCUAAGAAGAUAUAAUUACUGAAUUUCAAACCCCAUAAUAAUUAAUUAUAAAUAGAUAAUGGUAUA